ACUUUGAUACUUAAUAAUUUGUGCAUUAAUUUAACACUAAUUUGCCAUUAUGUUGUUUAUUAUAUAUUAUUAUAGUUUGAUAUCGAGUUUAUUGCAGUUGCACAAUAAUGUCUGAUGUUUAUUUUGAUUCUACUUCGAUCUAUGUUUAUUUAUUGUUAUUUUUUAAGUAUUAAAAGUUAAAAUUAUGUCAUGGUCAAGAGUGGUAUGGAAGGAGUCAUUAAGGGAAGAAGAAAUGACCAUUCCUACCACCUGGAUUAUAGAAAACAAUGUUUGUUGGCCAAUAGGCAUUAAUGUUGUUCGAGCUUGUUUGCAGCAAUGGCCACCGAAGGACGACUGGAUCAAAUAUCCAAUUAUAAAAGUUAAGAUUCAAUCAGAUGACAAAAGUUUAUGUGAUGGCUUUGAUUUCACAUCUGACGAAGAAAAUGAAGAGUUGCAUAAUCUAAAAAAGCGCAAAAUUCCAAUUGCUGCUAAAAGAAAAUGUGUUUCUCCUAUUGCACAAUCACAAUACCAACAACCGUUUAAAACUCCUAUUGCUUUGAUUCAUUCUUUGUCCCCAACUGCAUCACAAUCCUCAUUCUUUUUAUCUUCUACCAAUCAGGAAAAUACCAUUUCUCCUGUAAUUUUACACCCAAUUCAUCAACAUCCACUACAAUCAAAAAUACCUCGGAGAAUUUUAAGGACAUCCUUGUUAUCGCAGCUAAAUUCUCCAUUUAAAACAACUGUUUCAAAAAGGGAUCAGCAAGAAAGAACAAAAAAUUUGAAUAUAGCAUUAAACAAGUUUCCAUUAACUGAAGCAAAAUUUCAGUAUAAAGUUCUUCACAAAUUAGAAGAGAUUUUACAGGAAACUAAGAAACAAGGCAACCACGAUAAGUUACCUGAUUUACCAUAUUUUAUAUAUCAAAUGUCUGAUUUGGAACAUUUUCAGGAGUUUGAUAAUGGAUUGAAUGUAAAUUGUCAAUAUACUAGUUUAAGAACCCAACUUUCCAAAAUAGGUGGUGUCACAUGCUACGCAAAUGUUAAAGCAAUUCUUUUAAAACUAAUGACAAACAAGUUAAUGUCAAAUUUUAAUUUGGAUGGUACAGGGAAGAAGAUGCCAUUUCGCAAGACAAAUUUGAUAAAGAUCAUUGUUGAGGCCAUGCCCAAGUAUACUGGAAAUGAAAUCGAAAAGUGUAUUGGUAAUGUCCUAAAAAGAGCGCCGGACAGAAAAGGCGGUGGUGGUCGUGAAAAAGAAAGCAACGACAAUGACAGUAUUCAAGACAUUUUUUAAAAUCUGUAGACUGAAAUAUUUUGUAGAUUGUGUAUACUUUUAA